AUGAAUAGGGAUAUAGAGGAGAAUGGGACACAUGAUGCCAGUGGCUCUAGAUUGGACCGAGACCGAGUAAUAAACCAGUUGCAGGGCGCUGCGGGAACUGCCAACGGGGCCACGACUGAGCAGAGAGCUCAUACCUUGGCGGAAAAGAUGACAGUGAAAUCUUCGCGUUCUCUUUUGCAGAAAGUCGAGAUUCAAGAAUUGCCAGAGAAUGAGAGAACUUGUGUUAUUUGCUACAAUGACUACGGCGCAAAAACUCCCGAGGGAAUUAACGAGGAACCUCUGCGGCUGCCAAAAUGCAAACACGUCUUUGGGAACCACUGCCUCGCAAGGUGGUUUGAGGAUUCCGAUAGCUGUCCAUACUGUCGUGACAAGCUAGAGCUGCCGCCCAAGCAUUCGGAGCGCGUCGUCAAUCAGUUUUUUACGGCUAUGAUGACUGCUCGUCAUCAGCUUCCUCCUGGAGCAACGGAAGAGAUGUAUCUGAGGCUCAUGUCCAACCUUGUAUCUGCUGAGGGGCUUGGUGGAAGUCAAGAGCUUGCUAUGGAAAGGCGUCCGUUUCAUGCCACUGGGGACUCAGAUUCAUCUUCUUAUGACGUGGCUGCCUCGAGCGCCCCAACUACGAGGCGCACAUCCUCCUAUGAGCCAGGAGAGGGAAGUUCCUCGGCAUCGGAGGUAUCGACCAUCACGUGGCCCAACAACCAGAUGACUCGGCCUCAUCAAGUUCGACGAUGCCCACUGACAAUGGUGAAAGCACGGCAGAUACCCAAACUCAGCCAACAAAUAUUUCGGUGGCGCCCGCAGUACAGAACAGGAUCCGACCAUGGUGAGGAGAUGGAUGAGGAGUCGGCACGAUUGAGAGCGCAAUUGUGGAAGCGGCUGGUUGGCUCCUAA